GCACUACCACGGCAUGCGCGCGCCCGCCCCGCCCAUCCCGCGCCCCUCUUGCUCCUACCACCUGCUGCCCGAGAGCCAACGCGCUCAGGGAUCCCACCAGGACGGCGAGCGGUCGUGCUGCGAGGCGGACACGCAACCCUCGGACUCCAGCUCGGAGUCGGAGGGCGAGGCGGCGGCGUGCGCUCCUCGUGCCCCCGACCCAGUGCCGGAGCCCGACGACGAGGACCCCCUGCCGCGUCCCGGCGACCGCCGCAGGGCGCGUCGCCAGCCUGAGUACAACAGCGAAGAGUCCUUCCUGCGCGACAACCCUGACUUGGCAGACUAGAAGUGACAUCGUUCACAGGACAGGGGACUUGCCUUGAGAAACCCUCAUAUUAUUGCCGUUGCAGGAUUUUUACGUGUAAAAUAUUUAUACACAGUGUUUAGUAUUGCACUUGCGAUUGCGUUCCCCUUUAUCGCACAAUUGUAAUGUAUACAAUCGCCCUUAUCUCCAUCGCAGUAACACUGUGAAUGUUUCUUAAUAGAGCCGUAGCACAAGUUUGGAACGCAGCGAUGUCUCGUAGCACUGCUGUCUCGUAGCACAGAUGUCUUAUAUCACAUGAGUCGUAGCACUGCAGUGUUAGGACUCGUAGCACAUAUGUCUUGUGUCACAGCAGUCGCGUAGCACUGCUGUCUUGUGUCACAGCUGUCGCGUAGCACUGCUGUCUUGUGUCACAGCUGUCGCGUAGCACUGCUGUCUUGUAUCACAGCUGUCGCGUAGCAUUGCUGUCUUGUGUCACAGCUGUCGCGUAGCACUGCUGUCUUCUGUCACAGCUGUCUCGUAGCACAGCCAAAUCUUGUGAUAGCAUAGCAAAGUAUCGCAUCGUAGCGUUGUCUUGUGAUUUUCAUUUACAUUCCGCCGACCCUCAAACCCCAAUAUGUAUGUGUUAGUUUUAGCAUAAGUAGUUAAAACGGUGUCAAACUCCUUAUAAAUGUCGUAGUUUCGAAUCUCUUCCGCCUGUCUUAUCGUCUUUGAGAUAAAAAAUUAUAUAUCUUUGUCUAUUUAACCAUAGUAGUAACAAACAUACUGUUAUCUCUAUUUUUUUAAAGACAAUAAAAGGGAUAACUAAUGUUUCAAGUGUUUCGGCAAUCGAUAUGCAGUCAGUAUAACUUGUUUAAUGUACAGUCGAGGUAAAAAGCGUUUGUCACAUUUAAAAAAUCUUGUAGUUUGCAAAUAUGAUUGCGGCUUCUAACAAUGCAUGAGUUUUUGCAUAAAAUGUUAGGUAAACGGAUGUGAGAAAGGUGGAGUUUCGCUAAAAAUCUUGAAUCAGUUUUGUAUGUAAUUUGAAAAUUGUUAAAUGUUUUUCCCUCCGACUGUACUUUCCCGUAAUAGUUGUAAAUACCCUCUAAAUAUUUACCCUUUUAUAAUUUUUUUUGGUAAUAUUUUAGAAUAUAAUAAAUGGAUGUACAUUGUAUUUAGUUUUAAGUAGAUUCUAUUUUCCAAAGAUUUAAAUCUUCAAAAUACUUCGCCAGGCAAUAUGGACUUGACUUAAAGUCCUAUAGUGGGUAGUAUAGUAGUGGGGCGGAGAGUCCUCAGUGCGCCGCCAGUUCGCUCUAUCUUGUGCUCUGACAGCAAUAUAAUACUUUCCAAUUUUUCAAUUUUUAAAAUAAUACGACCGUAAUAUUAAUAAAUGUGUACUUUAAAUCUUUCUAAAGUAAAUUAA